AUGUUCUACAUAGUUUUGUACGAAUUACCAUGGCAAUUUGGUCUAUGCGCUUUUGCAUGCUAUUUAUUUGGCAUUGCACACACUGUAUCCAACAGCAGCAAACUCAUUGAAAACAGCUGGUUCAAGAUAUCCAUCAAAAUCGACAUUAUAUGCUCCAUCUUCAUCACCCUGCCGUUUCUCACCAACAAUGUAUGCUCUAUUGCAGCAGCAGUUUAUGCAGAGCGAGGCGACUUUGGCAAGGCCAAGAUCUUUACAGAUGCAUUGUACUAUCUAUGGACAGCCUAUUGCUUUAUACUAGCUAUUUGGAUUUUGUUUGCUGGACUUCGACUCGUCAAGAUUCUGCAGCAGCAUUUGGAUAAUCAAAACGAAGAUGCCAAUAGCGCAUCAAUUCACAAGAUCAAGAAUGGUCUUUUCAAGGUCCGCGUGAUUAUGUCCAUUAGCAUUACUUCCUUGUUCAUCUUUUCCUUCAUCAAAUGCAUGUACGGCAUCAUGCGAGUGCGGUUAUUACUGAAUCAUGGUUUGAAUCUGGCAAUUGCUGCUGUUUGGACAUACGAUGGCACAUUGGCGUCGAUACUCGUUGUCAUGACGGUAUUAUUCAAUCCAAAGGCACUGGCUUCCUUGAGCCUGUCUUCUUUAAGUCAUGGUAAAUCAUCUGAAUCCUACACCAACAUGGCUGCUACCAGAUCUAACUUUGCUACCUUCAAGGAUGACUCUACCUUGGCCAAUACAACCACUACAAACUACCCUACGCUCUCUAGACAGUCCAUGGACGACUUGUCGCAAGAUCAGCAACACGAUUGCUAUGCCUCUCCUAAUCCCCAUACUCUAAUUACAUCACAAUUCAAUGAACAAAAGAACAUUUCAGCUACACAUCUUGUAUCACCAUCCCAUCAACAAUACACAUACAAAUAA